AUGGAAUGUUUUGCAGAAUUACUGGAUGCGUUAGAAGAAGGAAUGAUGGUAGUGGGUUGUGAAUCGGACGAUCAUCAAUCCAAGAACAGAUCUCACAUAAAUAAAACUUAUUGUAAACAAGCACGCUAUAUGAGAGUUAUUGAAAGGCGACGAUUAAAUAGAUCUAAGGAAAGGCGUCGACGCCGUAAAAAUCAAGCAAAAAAUUUGGUGGUUAGGGAACCGCUCAGUUUUGUUCUGCAAGUAUACAUCGAUUUCGGAUUUGCGCAACGUAUGAGUGAUAAAGAACUAAGUAAAUUGGUUCGACAGAUGGGUCGUGUUUGGGGUCUCCAAAAGAAGAGUCCCGGUUUGCAGGUUACCCUUCUUUCACCAGAUGAACGCUUUUUGUGCGAAGGACGUCAGAAAAUGUCUGGUUUUGAUAAUUUUGAUUGGAUCAUUUCUGACAGAAGUAUAAAUGACUUUGUUACGGAGUGCCAUAUGGUGUAUUUGAGUCCAGAUUCGCACCUUAAUGCAUUGUUAGAUGUGAAACCUGACGAAGUAUAUGUUAUUGGUGGCCUCGUCGAUGAAACUGGAGUUGGAUCGUUGUCAUAUUAUAGAGCAGAAGAAUUAGGUUUGGAUGCUCGACGAUUACCGAUACAGGAAUUUCUUCAUCGACGUGACAGUGGGACAUUUAAUAUGAUGCUUACAAUUAAUCAAGUUGUAGAAAUUCUUGUGCGUUAUGUGUACUCAAGAAACUGGACUGAAGCACUUUCUGUUGUGCCAAAGCGGUUGGGCUAUGAAGAAGAAUAUAAUAAGGGAAAGAAGCAUAAAAUGGACGAGAAGGAUGAUUUUUUUGGCAUUCACAACGCUACAGAAACACCUCUUCCACGUCAUAUGGAAGCUGCAGUAAUGCUACGAUCAAGAACGACAGAAAAAAGAUAUCGCAAAGCUUCCAAUAAACAAAGUGUUGUUUCAGACCAGAGGUUAGAUUCACCAUCAGAUUCGUCAAAUGACUUCGUGGGAGAUUCAAAUGAGAAUACGAGAUAUGGUGGUAAUGACAAUAAUGCGAAUGACGAGAAUAUUCGACCACUCGAAAUGUUGGACUCAAAGGCUUGCGAAGACAUAGGUCUCAAAAAAAUAUGGGAGGAAAUUUUACCGGUAUGGAAAAUGAAUAACGAUGAUUUCAUUAGUGUAAUGGCUGGUCGGAUUAUUUAUGAAGACGAGGAACUUAUUGCAUUUGAUAAGCCAUAUCAAAUGCACGUAGCAAAUGCACCGAGCAAUCAAGCCGAAUUGUUACGCAUUCUUCCCCAACUUUCUUCUCGGAUAGGACUACAUGUGGAUUGUUUGCGGAUUAUAAAAUCUAUUGCAAAAUCUGUUACUGGAGUAACAUUGUUUGCAAAGAAUGAAAAUGCUCAAAAAAAAGUAAAAGCUUUGUACGAUAAUGGAUUAAUAGAGCAGUGUUACCAUGUUAUUACAAAUAUGGCACCUACGCAUCAUAAAGCUGUUAUCAAUAUUCCGCUUAUGUUACCAUUGAGUGCAAACAAUAACAAUGAAAGCACUCCAUUUUUGGAAGCAAGUACGUAUUAUCGUGUUCUCAAGCAUGAUCGUAAAAAUCAUACCAGUUAUAUGGAGUGUGUCGUCAAUCGCGAUGUUCCGGAGCAAAUACGCGCUCAUCUUGGUAUUGGCAUUGCAUGUCCUAUUAUCGGUGAUAUCAAAUAUAAUUUUAGUCGUCGAGAAGCAGGAAGAGGAAUUCCACCACGACUGUCGGAUACUGCAUUACAAAAUUUAAAUAUUGCUGGCAAUUCAUUUCGUCGACUACCAAUGUAUAUACAUUUGAAAGAAAUAUGUUCAAUGAGGUUUAAAAUCGGUGGUACUUUAUUACUUAACAUACGAAUGCCGCAGCAGGUUUGCUAUGUCAAAUUGGAUGAUGAAUUGCCAGGGUGCAAAUCGAUUGUGAGAUGGAAAACGUCGACUUAUUUUCUGGCAUCGUUACUUUAUGCCGUUCAGACAGAAUAUGUAAAACGAGCCCUGUUGGGUUUUCUGAAGAGAAAUUACAAUAUUCCAGAUAACGGGAAUGUAUAUUUGGUAAUUCACUUCCGCAACCCGUUCAUGAGUGAAAUUGACUAUAAAUGGAACUACAGGAUUUCUGCCAUUUAUAUCAGAGGUUUGGAGCUAGAAAAGUUAUUAUGGAUUUUAUCUACUUUUGGUGGUGCUUUGUCCGCUAUGGGUGAUUAUUAUAAGCAUUUCGCCGAAAAAGCAGAGCUUAUUUCUUAUAGUCAACUGCAACUUGCUAAUAAUAUUGGUGAUCCAGUUCUGAUUUCACGCUGUAAAUUAUAUAUUUCAAUCAGUUUGAUGCAAACGAAAAGAUAUCGUGCAGCUGCGAAAAUUAUUCGUACAUCUCAUCUCGGUUACUUCGUUGCAUAUCGAACAGCGUUAUUUAUUAUUUCUAGCCAACAAUAUAACGUUGCAAAGGCGUUGAAAAGUCAAUUUCUGUUUCAUUGUUGUGAAGGAGUAUGGAUGAAACUGCGUGGUAUGAUAGAAAACUCUAGACAGAUGAUCCGAAAUACUGACAUUACUUUGAACGAGAAAUUCAACGAGCAUCAGUAA